AUGGAUUCCGAUUUAGGUGGCAAUAACGUUUGGGAUGAUAAUCCCUCCUCCCCAAAGGGAAACAUCCUCUCAAAAUCUAUCUUCAACAUUCAGGCAGACAAUGGUGGUAUCAGGGAUGAACAAAAAGCCUCUUCUCCCUGGGAAGAUGAUAUUGACAAGGCAUUCAACGAAGAACCCAAAAGAGAUUCUUAUCAUCUUGGUACGGGGUCUUCCGCAGUAACGUAUAAUUCUGGUGACGAUGAUGUUAAUGACUUUCAAAUUCAAAAUGAACUUGCACAUACAAUGAAAUCAAUAAUGCUAAGUAACGAUGGUGUUAAUGGGAAUAAUGAACAAGAUGGUAUGCGUAAUAUCCUGGGUCAUGUUCAUUACGAAAAUGAAAGACAAGAUAAAUCUGAUAAUGAAAAUCCAUUUAUUGGAGAAAGCAAUAGUACUGAUCAACUAGAUAUAACUAUCCUUAAGGAAAAGAAGAAUGAAUUGUUUAACUCAUUGACAAAAGAUGUGGAUUCUCAUCCAUUUUUGAGAGAUUCGAUAGAAAACGAGCAGGACAAUUCUAAAGUUGAAAGUUUUUUUGAGGAUUUACCAAAAGAGAACGGAGAUGGUAAAGAUGACUCUGCUCUAAAUAAUUUGUUAACACUUUCGAGCGGUGUGGAUGCUAAGGAUGAAGCUACAAAUUCCAAAACUAAGUCUACAAAAUACCAGGGAGUAGUGUCCCCAAAUCGAAAGAUAAACAUUUUGCGCCCUAGGAGAGUAACCAAGACUAUUUUGAAGUCGGAUUCGGGAGUCGUGAAGAACGAGUCGACAGAUAUGGAUCCCUUAUUUGUACCUUUGUUAAACGUUCAAAGUGAUAAAAGUACAAAGGGAGAUGUACCGUUAGAUUCUCCAACGAGUAGGAAACAGAAACUCAUUAACGAAUCCGAGGCUCUCCUUUUCAACAUAAAGAAAGACAAGGAUAUGCUUGGUCAGAACACUUUAUCAAAAGCAUCAUCGAGCAGUUCAUCUAUAAUAUCUAACGGGAUUGCCCCUACAAUAGAGGAUACAAACCCCUCUGGUGAAACCUUUGAAAUCACUGUAGGUGAUCCCAUUAAAGUUGGUGAAUUAACAAACGCACAUGUGGUGUACACCAUUACUACGAGAACUUCUUGUGAAUUAUUUAAUAUGGAAGAAACCGUUGUGACUAGGAGAUACAGUGACUUUUUGUGGUUGUACCACCAGCUUCUGAACAACCAUCCAGGAUAUAUUAUUCCGCCUCCUCCUGAAAAACAAGUUUAUGGACGUUUUGACGAUAAAUUUAUUGAAAACAGAAGACAGGCUUUGGAAAACAUGUUGAUAAAAGUUGCCAGAAGAAAGAUAUUCCAAAGAGACGUGGACUUUGUACUGUUCUUGCAAUCAGAAAACUUUGCAGAACAAUCAAAAGAACAUGAGGCUGUUGUUCACCAUGAUAAUGAUAUCUCAAAUGAUUCUCUGAAUACAAUGGCGCAAAUGUUAAAUGUUGUUCCUAGUUUGGGUAUAAAUGAAGCAGCCACAAGUAGUGGAUUCUUCAGCACAUUAAUCGGGCUUAAUAUUCCCAAGUAUGUGGAGGAAGACCCAAUUAUAUUAGAAAGACAAGCAUAUGUCGAAAGUUUGGAUACCCAAUUACGGCAUUUAACUUCCAGUUUAGACAUGAUUCUGGAAAAACGUGAUGAUUUGACGGCAUCCUUGAAUGAGGUCACGGCAGUAAUACAGCAUAUGUGCGAUUUGGAAGUCAAUUCUGAGAUUACAGAAAUCUUGAGUAAUUUUGAAGAAUUGGAAACCAAGAUUAAGGAGCUGUUAGAUCGGGCAAAUUUGUCGCAAGUGCUGACCUUUGGCUCAACAAUCGAUGAAUACGUUAGACUUUUGGGAUCGGUUAGAAACUGUUUUGAGAAUCGGUUGAAAAUAUGUAAUAGUAUUGCCACUUUGAAACAGCAUCAAGAGAAAAAAGAACAUAGCUUAGCAAAAUUCAGAGCAAAAAACCAAAGCCAGCCUGACAAGAUUAAAAAAAUGGAAGAAGAUAUGGAUAAUUUCAACAAAAUUUUAGAGAGACAGGUACAUUUCAAAGAAAAGUUUGAUGAAACUUUCAAGAGUGAAUUGAAGACGUUCGAGUUUCGUAAAGUCAAGGAUUUUAAGGAUAUGAUUGAAAUUUACUGGGAAAGUCUAAUCGAGAAUCAAAAAUUACUUAUUGAACUAUGGGAGUCAUUCUAUGAAAAAUGUAAGUUUGACACUUUCGAGAAAUAA